UGGUCGCCUUAUCCGCUGUGGGAAAUCCAAACCCGCGCGAACCCGUCUCGUCAAUAGGCGCGCAUUGACGUAAACAAGAGGGGAGAGGUUUUCUUAUCUUACAACCAAACUCAACACCGACAUGGGAGGCGUUCUGGGGCUGCUCUCCGCCGCAAGCUGGGUGCCGUGCCUUUGCAGCAGUGCCCCAUGCCUGCUGUGCGCGUGCUGCCCCAGUGGGAACAACUCCACCAUCACCCGCCUCGUCUAUGCCAUGCUCCUGCUGCUUGGAACUGCUGUCGCCUGCAUUAUGCUUUCGCCAGGUGUGGAGGUGCGCCUAAAGCAGAUCCCCGGCUUCUGCGAGGGAGGAAUGGGCACACAGGUGCCUGGGGUUCAUGGCUACGUGAACUGUGAUGUGCUGGUUGGGUUCAAGGCCGUGUACCGCGUGUGCUUUGGGAUGGCCAUGUUCUUCCUGCUCUUUUGUCUCAUCACCGUGGGUGUGCGGACCAGCCGUGACCCACGUGCUCCACUGCACAAUGGGUUCUGGUUUUUCAAGUUUGCUGCGAUGGUGGCCAUCACAGUUGGCGCGUUCUAUAUUCCAGAAGGGUCUUUCACUUCUGUGUGGUUCUACAUGGGAAUGUCUGGAGCCUUCUGCUUCAUCCUAAUCCAGCUUGUACUGCUCAUUGACUUUGCCCACUCGUGGAAUGAGUCAUGGGUGGAACGUAUGGAGGAGGGCAAUUCACGGUGUUGGUACGCAGCUUUGCUGUCGGUGACUGGAAUAAACUACAUGCUAUCUCUCACUGCCAUCGUGCUCUUCUUCAUUUUCUACACGACGAGCGAUGCCUGCGCAAUGAACAAAUUCUUCAUCAGCUUUAACCUGAUCCUGUGCAUCAUUGCCUCCACCGUCUCCAUCCUCCCUCGCGUCCAGGAAGUACAGCCACGUUCUGGCCUCCUGCAGUCAUCGAUCAUCACUCUCUACACCAUGUACCUCACCUGGUCGGCCAUGACUAAUGAGCCUGAGCGGAAGUGCAACCCCAGCCUGCUCAACUUCCUUCACCAGAGCCUGGUGCCCGUCUCGACCAACGGUUCCGUUACACCCACGGCCCCCGCGCCACCCGCGCAGUGGUGGGAUGCCCAGAGCAUCGUGGGGCUGGCCAUUUACUUGCUGUGCAUCCUCUACUCCAGCAUCCGCACGUCCAACAACAGCCAGGUGAGCAAGUUGACGCUGUCGAGCGGCGACGCCACGCUCAUCGAUGACACGAGUUCGGGGAGCUCGGCCGAGGACGGGAGGGAGGGCGGCGGCGCUGGAUCACGCCGCGCCUCGGACAACGAACGGGACGGAGUGCAGUAUAGCUACUCCUUCUUCCACUUCAUGCUCUUCCUCGCCUCGCUCUACAUCAUGAUGACGCUCACCAACUGGUACAGCCCUGACUCUGACUUCAAGACUCUGACGAGCAAGUGGCCGGCGGUGUGGGUGAAGAUCUGUUCGAGCUGGGUGUGUCUCUCCCUCUACAUCUGGACUCUGGUAGCUCCCCUGGUGCUCUCCAAUCGCGACUUUGACUGACCGCCGCCUCCCUUAGUUUGAGCCAUUAAGCUCACCUAGGAUGCAGUCACCGUUAAUAUCAAUAUUAAUGUUUCCCGUUAUCGUUUUAGUCUUGCAUUGGUUUCCCUACAAGAGAGGUUGCUUUGUGACGAACUGAGAUCGGGAUGGCAAUUUGUCAACAAAUUGACGAGUGUUAACGUACGAUAGAUGAAUUUUGCUCUUGCAGUUUAUGGAUGCCACAUUUAAAUAAUCAUAUUAUGAGUUUACAGGUGCAUAUUUUAGCUUCUAUUAAAUAACUCCCAUUUGAUUAUAACACAAACUAUAGGAUAACACGAUACUCAAUAAUAAUACUUAACGAAUUUAUUUUACGAACAUUGAUUAUUGUAGCACGUUCUUAUCGUUAAGCACUGCAGGUAGCAAAGCUUGACAAAUAUGAGGCCAGUAAGUGUGGUAGAGCUGAAACAAUUAUGCAGUUGGAGAAACUGUAUUAAUGCACGAGAGGCUAUCGCAAACACAUUACACAAUAUCUACAUAACGGACGAAGGCAAGAGCCUCUUGAGUUGUGUUAGUGAAUGUAUGCACAAAUUCUGUGAGUGGUAUACAUCAGAAUGAUUGAUCUUUGUAAUGAAAAAAAUAUUCUCAUACAAGAUUUAUUGGAACUCCCUCUGGGGAAAUGGGUCAAAGUUCAACACUGUAGCACUAUUAAUUUAAGUGAGGUUUAACUGGUGUGGUGGAGUGAGUUUAGGUGGAUGUGGAAUAUGGUGAGUGGGUGGUAGGAUUAAUAGCUAAGCUUGAUGUCUUGGAAGAAUUUAGCUGAAAAUGAUUAAAAAAAAACUUUUAAAAAUAUAAUUGGGAAGGUAGAAUGAACUGCAAAAUCUGCUGUUAUGAAUUUGUGUGACCUACAAGACUUGGGCAGGAAACAUGAAAACAUUUAUUUAACAAUUGGAAAACUAAUUUUUAAAAUAUUACCACCUUCGUGAUAUUAUUAAUUGGACUACCUAAAUACGUUUUAGUGAUUUAUGUCUUUACUGAUACAUUACUAAUAUCAAAAAAACAUGUAGAUUAUGUAAGGACUGUGAUAGCUGCUUGAUCUAUGAAUCAGACCCUGCUUCGUUUGCACAUAGAUCAACUUGAAUCCCUUGAUAAGGAUGGGGGGAGAAAAUGUCAAAUAAAUGCAAUGUCUCAAUAUAUAAAGCGGAGAUAAUGUAUGAUAACUCAGAGGCAUGUACAAACUCUUGACAUGAAGAGCAAUUGCAAAGACAGACCAUGGCGUGCCAGUGUCCAGCACAGAGAACAUUGUGUCCUCUUUACUCGUGAGCUAUAAGUCCAAUUUAUUCUGCAUAGCAUAAAGAACAAAAUAAUAAGACCACAAAUGUGAAUGUGGUAGGUAUCAGUCCAUUGAGGUCCAGAGCAGAUUUCUGGCAUCGUGGUGGCUUCAGCAUGCGAAGAAAACACCAGAGUUUAAAUUUCGAUUUAAAGCUUUCGUGACUGCA